AGAGAGAGCGCGCGCGAGGAAACCGAGACAUGCGAAAUUAACAGCAACAAAAACACGGACGAGCCGCCGACGUCGCCGCAUUGCGAAGCGGAGCAGUUCUGGCGCAGCUGCUCAGCCAUGUCACCCGGGCAGCCCUGAGGAGGAAGAUGAAGCGCAAGAGCGAGCGGAGGCGAGCCGAGUCGAGGAAAAAACGCUGCGCUUCCCACAGCGGCUCAGAGGCGGAGCCAAGCCCAGAUAUUUACAUUGAGAUAACAGACCUCGUGAAGAAAUUCUCUCCGUACGAUUUUGAAGAAAACGUCAUGUUCAGAACUGUUUGCAACAUGACCUCGGACGAUGUUUUGUCAAGAUGUAUCGAGUUCAUCAAAAAUCAACUUUAUUUUGCCAUACUACAGCAGAAAAUCAAGAGCACAUCUGACCGACACUGUUUCUGCAUUGAUGAAGAGCUCGCCUACGAGAACUUCUAUGCAGACUUUGGUCCCCUUAACCUGGCCAUGUUUUAUCGCUUCUGCUGCAAGCUGACAAAGAAGCUUAAGUCCAUUACGCUGUCAAAGAAGAAGAUUGUUUUUUAUACAUGUGGAGAUCAGAAAAAACAAGCCAAUGCUGCCUACUUGAUCGGCUCUUAUGCGGUAAUGCAUCUUAAAAUGAUGCCAGAUGAGGCCUACAAUCUGCUGGUGUCAAGAAACUCAAACUAUAUUCCCUUCAGAGAUGCAUCAUUUGGAACCUGCAUGUACAAUCUCAACAUCCUAGAUUGCCUCCGAGGAGUUCACAAAGCUCUCCAGUAUGGCUGGCUCGACUUCUCCAACUUUGAUGUUGAGGAGUAUGAGCACUACGAGAGAGCAGAAAAUGGUGACUUUAAUUGGAUCAUUCCAGGAAAGUUCCUGGCUUUCAGUGGGCCGCAUCCAAAAAGCAAAAUAGAAAAUGGGUACCCUUUGCAUGCUCCUGAGGCCUACAUCCCCUACUUCCGGAAACACAACAUCACCACCGUUGUCAGGCUCAACAAAAAGAUGUACGAUGCCAAACGUUUUACAGACUCCGGCUUUGAACACCACGACCUGUUCUUUGUGGACGGCAGUACGCCAAACGACUCCAUUGUCAGGAAGUUCCUCAACAUCUGUGAGAACUCAGAGGGAGCCAUCGCUGUUCACUGCAAGGCUGGCCUGGGGAGAACUGGUACCCUGAUUGCCUGCUACAUGAUGAAACAUUAUCGCCUGACCGCAGCAGAGGCCAUUGCCUGGAUUCGGAUCUGCAGACCCGGGUCCGUCAUUGGGCCACAGCAGAACUUUGUUGAAGAGAAUCAGAACGGUCUGUGGGCAGAGGGAGAUGGGUUCCGCGAGAAGAUGCUGAAUGAGCGAGAGAAUGGCAAGUUGGCUGUAACCAGGAUCCUGUCGGGGGUGGAUGACAUCGCCAUCAACGGGAACAACAAAAACAGGACAUGCGAAAAAGAGGAUAUUGAACUCUACAACGAUGAAGAGGAGAGAAACGGCCUCACGCAGGGCGACAAACUACGGGCCCUAAAGAGCAAACGGCAGGCCAGGUCCUCUUCAGGUUCCCUGUCACAGGAAGAGAACAAAAUACACACCAGGUCGUCGUCGCAGUCCCUUAGCAGGGUCAUUAUGCAGGAUGGCGUCCAAGGCUGCAACACCAGCGUGAGCCCCCUGGCCCUGUCUGACCACUCAGACAGCAGGAAAAGAACCAGAACCUCUCUGCCAGCCAACGGAGUUGGAGGAAGCUCCCUGUACCACACCAGACUGGUCAGAUCCCUAGGCAACUUGCAUGUUGUGGCUGACAGCAGAGACCCAAAGUGUUGUGAGCCAUGUGGCAGCCAUAGAGACACGGCCACCCUCAUCAACUUAAACAUGGCUCAGGGACACCUGCAGGCAAGCUCCCUCAGACGCACUCUGAGCCUUAUGGAGACUGAGGCUGCGUUUACUUACAAAGCCUAG